UCUAGCCUGCGCAAGCGCACAUCGAAGGAGUUAGGAGUGUUGAGGUCGAAUUAAAAGAACUGACUUUUUCCCUCUGUAGUGGAAAAAAUGCCGCAGGAAUACGAGAAAGAUGCAUACCCAGAGCCUCCUAAACAGACACCGGUUACCGAGAAGGAGACAACCCUUCCUAAUCCAGCUUUGAUUACCUCCAAAUUGUUCUAUUACUCCGUGGACCUUCCUGUCACCAAGUUUAGAGACAUCAUAGAUGGUAUUCGGGGUCAGAACAAGUACUACUACUAUCACCAGAAUUUCCGACGUGUGCCUGAUCUGACUGAAUGCGUGGAGGGCGACUACCUGUGCUACUAUGAGGCGGAGAUGCAGUGGAGGAGAGAUUUUAAGGUUGACCAGGAGAUACUGAAAGUAAUGCAGGAGCGUCUUCGAGCAUGCCAGCAGCGGGAGGGCCACAGCUACGUGCAGAACUGUGACAAUGAAGUGAAGCACUUCAAUCAAGUCGCCCAGGCCUAUAACUCUCGUUAUGGAGACUUGGGAGCUCACGCAAACAGCCGCAGGUGUCUGAUGAAGCAAAAGGAGAGGAUGAUCGAACAGCAGCAGAAGGCUUGAAGACCCCGAAACUUAAUACGCCAUCUGUUUUGUGGCUACCCUCUGUGUGUAUGUAAUUGUAAGAUAAAUAAAUAUAUUGGAAAACA